UUUUAAUAAGAAUUGCAAUAUAAAGAGGUUUCAAUGAAUGAAAAUGAAAAGAAAUAUUCUUUGCCUCCGCUUCGAAUGUCUGAACUUAAUGACUUACUUAGAUAAUCAAAUGAAUAACAUAAAAAGGAAAUAAUUUAUAGUUACAGAGAUACGAAGUAAAAAAGACAAAAAGAAAUAGCUUAAUUAGAGAAAUAUAAAACAAUGGAAAGAAAAGGUAUUAUUUUAUCUAAUUAAAUAUAGUCUUCAAUUCUCAAAAUAAAAUGGAAGGAAGAACCUUUGAUAAGAGCCCAGAUAUUUUUUUAUGCAAAGAACCGUUGAUUGAUGAUUUUCUCAAACGAAAUAUUAUAGCACCAUAAAGAAAUUUAGAAAAGGGUUUAAAAGAUUGUAUAAAUAUUAUAAUAUUAAAUAAUAGUUAAGACAGGUAAAAAAUAAUUUUUAGAUGGAAAAUGUUUUGGAGAAGUUCCUGAAAAUAAAUUAAGUAAAAAAGAAUAGGAAUUUAAGGAAUAUUGGAUUUAAUACAAUAAACAGUUAUCUGAAUAAAGAUAUAAAAACCUUUUAGAUUCCUAAACGGGUUUACAAAAGAAAAUAAAUUAAUAAUAAAGGUUAAAAGAAUUAAGAAUAUUUGUUCCUAAUAAGUAUUCCCCUGGAUAUUUUAAUGAUCAUCCAUCAUAAAUUUUAAGUUUUACGUAUUAAAUAGAUAUAAUUAGUGCAAUGCAUAAACAUUCUUAACCUUAGAUAUGGAGUCCAAAUAGUUUCUAUGGAGAUUCCUUUGAUGAAAAUCUUAAGUCACAAUAAUCAAAGAGUAAUCUAAAACUCAGUAAUGUUGUUUUAAAAGAUUAAAGUAAAUUAUCAAUAAAGAUUGAUUGA